AUGGGAAAAUGCUUAUUGCAAAAAAAUAUGGAAAAUCCUUGGCAAUUUUGUAAAGUUUAUAAACAAUUUACAAAUACAGAUGACUAUUCACCAUCAGAAGCCUAUUGGCAAUGGGCUGAAAAUGAUUGGAAUAAUUCUAAACCACAUCGUUUUCCACUUGGACGUAAAGCAAAUAAACCACUUUAUUCUUUAUGGAAUGAAAAAAGAUUGAAUUAUAUUGAAGCACAUAAAACAAUCUAUGUACCAUUAUAUGCAAAAUAUGGUGAACAAACAGAUGCAUACAAAAAAUUAAAUGAUAUUUACAUAAAAUAUUGUUGCGGAGAUACAAAUGAUAAACACAAAAAACCUAUGGCAUUAUUAGAUUUUGAUGGAUAG